GCUUUGUGUAAUACGCACUUCCGCCUGUGGGUUAACCCACUGUUUGGGCUACGUCAUAUCUAUGUGCACAGUAAUUAGUGACGACCGAUCACGUGACAGCGGGGAGAGGAGGGAAAGAUGGCGGAGUAUCUGGCGUCCAUUUUCGGCACAGAGAAAGACAAGGUUAACUGCUCCUUCUACUUCAAGAUUGGAGCAUGCCGCCAUGGAGAUCGCUGCUCUCGACUUCACAACAAGCCAACAUUCAGCCAGACCAUCUUGAUGCCAAACCUGUAUCGCAACCCUCAGAACAGUGCACAGACAGCAGAUGGAUCUCACUUGAGCAAUAUCAGUGAUGUGGAGAUGCAGGAGCAUUAUGACAACUUCUUUGAGGAGGUGUUCACUGAGCUAGAGGAGAAGUAUGGAGAGAUCGAGGAGAUGAACGUCUGUGAUAACCUGGGCGACCAUCUGGUGGGCAACGUGUAUGUCAAGUUUCGCUAUGAGGAGGAUGCAGAAAAAGCCGUCAAGGACUUGAACAAUCGUUGGUUCAAUGGACAACCCAUCCAUGCCGAGCUGUCUCCUGUGACUGACUUCAGGGAGGCUUGCUGUCGUCAGUAUGAGAUGGGAGAAUGUACUCGUGGUGGAUUCUGCAACUUCAUGCAUUUAAAGCCCAUCUCCCGUGAGCUGAGGAGAGAGCUGUAUGGUCGUCGUCGGCGCAGGCGAAGGUCUCGGUCCAGGGAGCGCUCUCGGUCCCCACCAACAAGAGGCUCUCGCAGGUCACGGUCACACGAACGUGGUGGGGGAUCCAGGAGGUCACGAUCGCGUGAGCGUGGCGGAAGAGGCAAAGCUGGUGGUGGGGGUGGUGGAGGCGGCGCCGGCUCCCGGUCACGAUCCAGGUCUAGGUCCAGGGAACGAUCUGGGCGGUUUUAACAGUUGGAGCUUCAACAAUCUUUACAUGCCUGUUUCAACAUGAGGGGAUGUUAACAGCAACUGGUGGAAAGACAUACAAUAGAUACCAGUUCUUGUUAGCUUGUGAACUGACAGACAAGUUGUGAAAAAUAAGUUGUUCUGAUUCUCUUGACAAGUUAUUCCUGUAGGAGGGAUAGACAGGUUUGCCAUCAGUUGUAUGGGGAGGAUCUUAUUCUUAAUACAUUUUCAAGUACAUAAACUUCACACUUUUUUUACUGAAGUUUAGGAAAAUAAAAUGUAGUGUCUUUAUAUGGUUUCUUUUAGAGAUAAAUGUAAAAUUCCAUCCAUACCUUUUGGAAGAGUUGUAAACCACAAAAGAAAACAGCUGUAGUAAUUAACAUACUUCACUACAACAGAAACUAGCAUGUGAACAUAGAAACUAGCAUGUGAACAUUUAGAAUUGUAACAUUUGGUUAUAUGCUAUGACUAGAGGAGUAUGAGAUGCUUUGUGAACAUUUAUUUCAGAGGCACUUCUUCAUUCCAUCAAUAAUUUGGAGUGCUAGAAGUGGUUGAUGUCUUUUUGGAAGUGAUGAAGUAGUCUGAACUGGCUGUAAAGAACAAGAUAACUUCAGUAUUCAGACUAGUCUUUUCACUUUUUUUACCGAUUGAUGUACUUGCUUAUCCCCCAACAGAAAGUACCUCUGUUCAAUACCAGAAGGGUUUUGUAGAAAAGUUCCUACGUGUGCACAGCUAUGAUAACAGGAAUGUGCACCUCUGAUGAAGUUUUGAAGUAUUUAGGAUGAAGAAAAGGGUCAAGUGACUCAAGUGUAAAAGUAGAUAGCUACAUGUAUACAGGUUGGGGUUAGUUUGUACUUAUGUGUGAGGUUUACAGAAUAUCAGGAUAACAGGACCAUUAUUUGACUACGCUGAAUACAUAAAUGUGCAGACAGUGUAGUACCAAUGUAAGUAAGGUACAUCGGCAGCAGCUCUAUUGCAACAUUUGUAAUUUUACCACCAUUAAAGUGCUUGACAAACACA